AUGAAGACUAUGAACCUAAACACCAUUACAAUAUUGAUCAUUGCCACUGUGUUUUCUCUUUGGUGUUCAAGUUUUGAACGCUGCAUCGCCGCACGAAACAACCCUUUGAGGAAACUCAAAGCUGUUACUGCCUCUACCACUUUUAAUGUAUUAGAUUAUGGUGCUAAAGGUGAUGGACAUGCAGAUGACACAAAGGCCUUUGAAGACGCAUGGGUAGCUGCUUGUAAGGUGGAGGCCUCAACAAUGGUUGUUCCAUCUGGUUCUGUGUUUCUGGUGAAACCAAUCACUUUCUCAGGCCCUAAUUGUCAGCAAAAUAUUGUUUUUCAGUUGGAUGGCAAAAUCAUUGCACCUACAAGCCCUUCAGCUUGGGGCUCUGGUACCUUGGAAUGGCUUGAUUUCUCAAAGCUUAAUAAGAUUACAAUAAGAGGUAAAGGUGUCAUUGAUGGUCAAGGCUCUGCUUGGUGGAAUGGUGGAAAAAUGCCAAGCACAAAACCAACAGCACUUAGGUUCUAUGGAAGUGAUGGUGUAACAGUCACAGGCAUAACGAUUCAGAAUAGUCAACAAACCCAUCUUAAGUUUGACUCUUGCACAAAUGUUCAAGUUUUUGAUAUUAAUGUUUCAUCACCUGGUGAUAGCCCCAACACUGAUGGAAUCCACCUACAAAACUCCCAAGAUGUGGUCAUUUAUAGUAGCACACUUGCUUGUGGCGAUGACUGCGUCUCUGUACAAACUGGGUGUUCCAACGUAUAUAUACACACUGUCAAUUGUGGACCCGGUCAUGGUAUCAGCAUUGGAAGUCUCGGAAGAGAAAACACCAAAGCCUGUGUACGAAACGUCACCGUUCGAGAUGUUACCAUCAAAAAUACCUUAACUGGUGUCAGAAUCAAAACAUGGCAGGGUGGGUAUGGCUCAGUACAGAAUAUAAUGUUUUCGGGUGUUCAAGUUUCUGAGGUUGAAACUCCAAUUUCAAUUGACCAAUACUACUGUGAUGGUGGAAAGUGCAAGAAUGAAUCAUCAGCUGUGGCAGUGUCAGGCAUAAACUAUGUAAAUAUAAAGGGAACAUAUACUAAGGAGCCUGUUUAUUUCGCAUGCAGUGAUAGAUUCCCUUGUACUGGAAUAACAUUGAAUACCAUUCAGCUAGAAUCAGCUCAAGGAACUCAAAAUUCCAAUGUUCCUUUUUGUUGGGAAGCAUAUGGAGAGUUGAAAACUAAAACAGUUCCUCCAAUUCAAUGUCUAGAGAGUGGAAACCCAUCACACUCUGGAAUCCUUUCUAACAAAGAUUCUUGCUGA